UCCCUAGCGAAGUUUCAGACCCCACAGCCUUACGUUCCAUUUCGAACACAAAUUACACAACCAACAACAAAAGCAAACAAAAUUAAAAGAGAAACAAUUGUUUAACAAAACAAGGUUUUAUCUCAUUUGUCGUAGAAUUAAAGAAAUUUAUUAUUCUGGUGUACUGACGGGAGGAUCAGAGGAGGGUGUUUGUUUGUGGAUGAUUUUGACGGCAAAGCACGGCUGCGGAAGAAGAGCCAUGGACGGUAUGGAAAUGGCGGAGUCGACGUCGAUGCGUCCUCUGACGGCAAUCGUUGAGGCGUUUGAGGAGUUGGGCAGGUUGCUCCAAUCCCAUCCCCAUAACUCCCAACAAAAACAACAGCAAACGCUGCGUUUGGAUACCUUCUGCCAGGCUUCCACUCUCGUCUCCAUCCUCUUCAGCUGCCUUGGCCUCGCUUUCAAGUUCGCCGAGAUGGAGUACGUCUCCAAGGUUGAAGAUCUUGUGGAGGCGUCAAAGACUUACGACACAUUAGAAAGUCUUCUAGACUUUGAUGUUGCUAAUGACACGGUAAAAUCCCCGGGAAGCCAUUCCCGUAAUCUGCGCCGUGUCCGGCAGGGUCUCGACCUCGUCAGAGCUCUGUUCGAACAAUUCUUGUCAACCGAUGACUACUCUUUAAGGGAAGCAGCUUCGACAGCUUAUGCCAAUGUUUGUGCGCCAUACCACAGUUGGACAAUCAGGACAGCGGUUGCUGCCGGAAUGUAUGCUCUUCCGUCGAGGGAUCAACUUCUGGUGAAUCUCGAAGAGACCCAUCAGUCAGCAGAGAAGAAGAUGAAAAGGUACAUCCAAGCCUCGCGUCCGGUUAUCGAGUACAUCGACAGGCUAUACCUUUCUAGGAACAUCUCCUUGGACUGGUGACUUGAGUCUUCAUCCAUCACAGUAGAUGUCUCCGUUAACAGCAAAGGUCUUACAGAAAGACCUGUGCAGCGCUAGUUCGUUACGAUUACUUCACUACAAUCGGUCUGUACAUUAACGCUAUUUACCAUGCUACAAGAGAAUUAUAUGUUUAUAGGAGGAUAUUAUUUAGACUGCAAUACCAGAAAUUUAUUAGUUACAUCAAUUUACUGCUA